AUGUGGAGUGUCGUCACAGAAGGUCCUAUCAAGAUAGAGAAAGACAAAUCUAAGUGGACAAAUGAAGACAAGAGGAAGAACAACCUCAACAACUUGGCCAUGGAUAUCUUAUACAGAUAUCUUGACGACAACAUGUUUAACUACAUCAUAUCAUGCGAGUCUGCCAAAGAAGUUUGGGAAAGACUCACUCAACUUUGUGAAGGCAACGAGCAAACCAAAGUAAACAAGUUUUUGGUUGCCAUCCAGCAGUUCGACAACUUUAAGAUGCGUCCUAGAGAGACGAUGUCUGAGAUUGAUGUAAGAUUCAGCAAAAUCGUCGCCACUCUCUCUAUUUUGGGCAAGACCUACAGCAAUAGAGAAAUUGCUAUAAAGGUCAUGCGAGCUUUGCCCAGAGAGUGA